UGGAUGACUUGCGAGUGAGUCGGACGCAAUUUCAGUCGCGCGUGUAAAGGCACUCAAAAGUGGCACAGUUCGGGGGGUUAAUAGGUGUAUUAAAGGAUAUCGUAUAACUUCCGUGACCUCUGUGAAUACAUAGCAUAGCUGAGGGAGAGAAUGAGUGGGGUGUUUGUAACAUUUAUUCAUGGAUUUAUUGCCUCUCUCAUGAUUAUUUCCACUGGGGUUCUCGGACACAAGGCCAUGGAUUUCUCCAGUGUGCCCACAACAGUGAAAACAGUGGAAAAUGACACAGUUCUCCUUCCCUGCUCUCACAAUGGCCCUUAUGGUUACGUCCGAUGGCUGCGGGAGGAGGCGUUGCUCGCAGACUCGGGCAAUCCCAGCUUCACGCCGCCAGAGCGUGUCACGCUGUUCGCCAACGGAAGCCUGCAGGUCGCCAGCGUGAAGCUGGAGGACACGGGCGAGUACUUGUGCCAAAUUGCCAGCGACUCCGGUCUGGCGAUGCAGCGGCACGCCAUCGAAGUCCAAUAUCCGCCAUCCGUGAUUUCUCACCCCAGCGGCGAGGUGACGAUGAAAGUGGGUGCGCUGUUUGAAAUUGUCUGCGAAGCGCGAGGCGUGCCGUUUCCCAUCAUCUCCUGGCGGCGCCCAGGAGAGAAUGCCAGCGAUCCCGACCACGUGGAGAACCGUCGGCGGUUGCUGGUGGAAGUGCGGAGUCGCCACGACGCCGGCGUCAUUGAGUGCGUGGCCGAUAAUGGCUUCGGCUCGCCGGCCGUGGCGGGAGUCCUUCUGGUCGCCCAGUUUGUGCCGGAAGUGAAAGCCGAAACGAGCGUCGUUCACACCAAGAUCGGAUUUCGCGCCACUCUCGAAUGCACCGUCACGGCUGAGCCCAGCGCCGUGGUCCACUGGUUCCAUCACACGGCGCCCGUGACUGACAACAAGAAGAUCGUGCGUCAAGACACGCUGGAGUCGUCACGAUCGCACAGCCAACUGUACACAGUGUCGCGCCACCUGCUCAUUGUGAAGAACGUGCAAGACAUGGAUCUGGGUAUGUACGAGUGCAAGGCUGAGAACAAGGUGGGUGUGAAGAGUGCCAUCAUCGAGCUCACGGGUCGCCCGAUGCCGUCCGUGUUCAAACAGUCGCCCGUCGCCGCCUCGCCCAUGACACACAGCCUCAUCUGGCAGACUGAGUCGCUGUCGCCGCUGGCGGAGUACAAGCUGCGCUUCCGCCAGGUGCCCACCGGCAACGUCACGCCGCACUCCCGCCUGCCGCCGCGCGACUGGACGGAGCUCACGAUCCCCGGCCAGUACUCCGACGGACCCAUCCACACCAGCAGCUACGAACUGCGUGGCCUCUCGCCGGCCAGCGUCUACGAGGUCGUGGUGGCCGCGCGCAAUCGCUACGGCUGGAGCGACGCCAGUAAGGUGAUGCGCUUCGCAACAGCGGGCGAGAUUGAAGAGGCAACAAAUGUGUCCACGGAAUCUGUGGAUUACAAUCAAAUUGAUGACAAUUUCAUUCCCGACAUGAAUUCAUCAGGCAAUUAUGAUUAUUCAACAUCGGGAAGUGAGCUGCAAAAAGUCACCGUCACAGUGUUCGUUACCUGUUUUCUCUUCCAAUGGAAAGGUAUGCAAAUGACCACGAAUGAUAAUUAA